AUGUCAUCUAUUCCAUGCAAAUCUAAGGAUAAAGAUGAUGAAAAGAACUGUUUCGGCUCUCAUGAAUCAACAGCCCGACGUGCUGGUGUUAAUCCAACAUUAUGCGAAUAUGGCGAAGAUUGUCGAACAAAAAAUUCUACAUUUACACAUUUAACGUCACCAAAAGGUCUAGCCACAACUACAAAAGCUAAUUGCAAUUAUGAUGUGAAUUGUACUCGACCAGGUUGUCAUUUCAAUCAUCCUAAUGGAAGAUUAAUUGACCAGAAAGCUGUCUCUUCAUCAGACAGCACUCAGCAGAAUACUGCACCUAAUCAUGCUGUUCUCUCGUCAUCUCGUUUAGAAUAUCAUGAGCAUCAACGUCGUGAUUCAUCACAAUCUGAUACUUCAUCCAGUAGUCAUUUUCGGUCUCUUUCAAAACAUUCAAGGCCAGCAAAAGGCGCAACAGCAACUACAAAAGCUAAUUGCAAUUAUGAUGUAAAUUGUACUCGGUCAGGUUGUCAUUUCAAUCAUCCUAAUGGAAGAUUAAUUGAUCAGAAAGCGGUCUCUUUAUCAGACAAUACUCAACCAAAUACCGCAUCCAGACGUGCUAUUCCUUCGUUACUUCAUUCAGAAAAUCGUGCUCAUCAUAUUCAAUAUUCUUCAAAAACAUCGGAUAUUGUUGAUCAAGUGCUUACUAAUAUUCAUACUAAGACAACUAAGACUACAAUCCAUGAAAAAAGUCAACGACCAUCCGGUAGUGAACUAAUUGAAAUGAUUAGUAAAUUAUUAGCAAAAGCAAAUGAACAGCAGACGGAAUUUGAUUCUAAUGAUCAAGAAUGCAAGGAUAGUGAUGAUGAACAAGUACUUGAUGAUCUCCGAAAGAAUGUAUCACAAGAAUUAAGAUUACAAAGAAAUGAAUUUCAGUCCACCAUCGACACGCUAUCUAAUGAUUACAUGGACAUUCGUUCGUCGGCAAUAGAUACCGAAUACAACGUAGUGCAACUUGAGUGUAUACAAAACAAAAUUGAACGCGAAUUAAAACGUUGGCAAUUGCGCCUUCCUAUAUAUGCAAGACGCUCAGAUAUUAUGGAAAAACUAGAAAGAAAUCAAGUUUUUAUUUUAAAAGCUGAUACAGGUUCAGGAAAGAGCACACAGACAGUGCAGUAUCUAUGUGAUGCUAAUUUUGCUGAUGAAAAACAAAUCAUAUGUACUCAACCACGUAAAUUGGCAGCACGAUCUUUAGCUGCUCGAGUAGCCGAAGAAUACGGAUGUCAGAUUGGUGAAGAAGUUGGCUUUCACGUAGGUGGUGGUCGACCUACAACUUCAAAGCGAACCAAAAUAAAAUUCGUUACCGAUACACUCUUUCUCAAUGAAUACAAAAAUGAUCCAAUGUUAUUAAAGUAUUCAGUCGUUCUGGUGGAUGAAGCACACGAACGAAAGAUCGAUACAGAUAUAGUACUUGGAUUAAUGAAACAAUGUUUGAAAAAAAGAAAAGAUUUAAAGCUCGUUGUCAUGUCCGCUACGUUAGAUAUGGAUCUGCUUUAUAACUAUUUUGCAAAUGACUUUAAAUGUGAUACAUUAGAAGUUGGUGGUCGAACCUAUCCAAUCGAAGACUUUUAUCUAGAUGAUGAUGUUGAAAAUUACAUUCAAGCAUCAGUUACAAAAGCAGUUGAAAUACAUCAAAGUGAUGAAAUUGGUGAUAUCUUAGUAUUUUUAACUGGUCAAGAUGAAAUUGAUUUAGCGUUGGCUGAUUUAUGUAAGAAACUAGAAAACGAUAAAUCAUAUAUCGGUUUGCCAUUACAUGGAAAAUUGUCCGAAGAAGAGAAUGCGCAAAUAUUUGAAAGUAUGCCAGAUAAACGUAAAAUUAUUUUCAGUACAAACGUAGCAGAAACAUCUGUUACGAUUGAUGGAAUUAAGCAUGUAGUCGAAAGUGGAAUGGUAAAAGAGAAAAUGUGGGAUGAGAAAAGAAAAAUGCAAAUGUUAAAGAUUGGACAGAUUACGAAAAGUUCAGUUAAACAACGACGUGGACGAGCCGGAAGAACAUCGGCUGGAAAGGUAAGAAAAUGA